AUGGAGCCCUUCUUCAGGAAGCGGCUGACCUUCCUGUCCUUCCUGUGGGACAAGAUCUGGCCAGCAGGCUUGCUGGAGGACUGUGAACCCCAGGUCCUGGACCCUGAGCUCGAGCCCAAGCCCCCUGGCACCGAGCCCAGGGGCCCCACGGUGUCCUCUGAGCAGCUCUUCAUGGUGCUGUGUGACUUCACAGCCCGGUGCGCAGAGGAGCUGAGCGUCAGUCGUGGGGACCGGCUCUUUGCCCUAAAGGAGGAGGGGGCCUACAUCUUCGCCCGCAGGCUCUCGGGGCAGCCCACCACUGGGCUUGUGCCCCUCAUCUGUGUUACUAAGGCCACGCUGGACAUGUUCCUGGACGAACCCUGGUACUUCAGCAGGAUCAACAGGACCGAGGCCCAGCAGCUGCUCCUCUCACCUGCCAACGCACCAGGGGCCUUCCUGGUCCGGCCCAGUGAGAGCAGCCGUGGGGAUUAUUCGCUGUCAGUCCGGGCCCAGGACAAGGUCUGCCACUACCGCAUCGCCACGGCAGCCGAGGGCAGCCUGUACUUGCAGAAGGACCGGCUCUUUCCCAGCCUGGAGGCACUGCUCACCUACUACAAGGCCAACUGGAAGCUGAUCCAGACCCCGCUGCUGCAGCCCUGCGUGCCCCAGAGGCCCCCAGAGCAGGACCAGUGGGAGCGGCCCCGCUCUGAGUUCACCCUGAGGAGGAAGCUGGGCGAAGGCUGCUUUGGGGAGGUGUGGGAAGGCCUGUGGCUGGGCUCCAUGCCAGUGGCGAUCAAGAUCAUUAAAUCAGCCGACAUGAAGCUCACAGACCUCGCCAAGGAGAUCCAGACCCUCAAGAGCCUCAGACACGAGCGGCUGAUCCGGCUGCACGCGGUGUGCUCCUCGGGGGGGCCUGCCUACCUCGUCACCGAGCUCAUGCGCAAGGGGAACCUGCAGGCCUACCUGGGCGGUCCUGAGGGCAAGGCCCUGAGCGUGGCCCACCUGCUGAACUUUGCCUGCCAGGUAGCUGAGGGCAUGGGCUACCUGGAGCAGCAGUGCAUCGUCCACCGAGACCUGGCUGCCAGGAACGUGCUAGUGGGUGAAGACCUCGCCUGCAAGGUGGCUGACUUUGGCCUGGCUCGGCUGCUCAAGGAUGAUAUCUACUCGCCAAGCAGUGGCACCAAGAUCCCUGUCAAGUGGACGGCUCCCGAGGCUGCCAGCUACCGCAUCUACUCUCUGAAGUCAGAUGUCUGGUCCUUUGGCGUCCUGCUGUUUGAGGUCUUCACCUAUGGCCAAUGCCCCUACGAAGGAAUGACCAACCAUGAGACGCUGAGGCAGGUCUCUCGAGGGUACCGCCUGCCUCGCCCGGCAGCCUGCCCUGCCGAGGUGUACGAGCUGAUGUUGGACUGUUGGAAAGGCAGCCCCGAGGAGCGGCCGCCCUUUACGGUGCUGCAGGAGAAGCUGGGUGCCGGCUACAGACGCGUCCACCUGGCCCUCACAUGA